AUGACAAGUGCGACCACCGCCGCCGUCUGUUCUGCAUCUCCUACUCCCGGUGCUCAGCCCGAUCCCCCCAAGUCAUUACCUCGGAGGGGAUUUUUGGCUCCAGCCUCAUCGUCGGCGCCAUCCCCCGUCACCCAUACGAAAAUGCAAUCCGUGGCAUCCACACCGGUUGUCUCAGCAGAACGCUUCCGUCAGUCAGUACGAGCCGACUUCCUUAGCACAGCUCGUGAAGGGCCGGUUACAAAGCAUAUCCGUCUGACUGCCGCUCUCAUCCUGCACAACUUGACCACUUUUUAUGCGUCUAUCAGGAGGCGUUUGCUCCGGUACGAACCCGUCCUUUGUGAGUUGGCCUUUGCCGGAACCGAAGCAUCGCCUACGCUGACCAAGUGUUUGUCGCAAUGCUAUGAGUCUUUGGAUUCCGAGGCCGCUGGCGACUGUGGUUGCCAAGCUUCCACUAAUGACUCCACCGUUCCCUCGGCUUUUGCUGGCGACGACCUACCCGAAACCCUCGACCAAGCAAGCGUUCUUUCUUACUUCCUCUGUGUACAUAUGAUUCAUAUUAAUGCCUUUAUGUCUUUUGUACUCUUAUUCCUUUACUUCUUGAUGACAAUGAUGAUGAUGAUUAUGCGUUAUCUCUGUGACAUUUGGGAAUUCCCCUCCUGUGUGGGCACCAGUGGUUAA